CCAAGUAUCCCUGACUGCAGUCGGACGAGCCGCGCCCCGCUGUCGGACCUACAACUUGAAACACUUUUUUCUUUUCUCUUCACCUGGGUGAAAUACUUUGUUUCCCGCUGCGAGUAUGAGUGUGGCGGUGGCGGUGGCGGAGGGCUGUUUUCUAUCCGCCCUGCAGCCCAACUCUUCCUGCACCGCUUAUGUGGUUCCCUCGGGCGGCCCGUGUCCGGACCCCGUGGCUAAAGCCAGGAGAGUCCAGGAGCAGGUCCGGAUGCGGCUGGCUGAGAAGAAGUCAUCCUCCCUGCCCAGACUGGACGACUCGCUGGUCGGAUCAACAGGUGAGCCACAUCCCGUUGAGAUGGUUGGCUUCAAAUUCGCCCCCGGUGCUUUGUCCAAGACAUUAGCAGAUUACAGCCUUCCUGCAGGAAAGACCUUCAGCCAUGGUUUCAGUUCCAGAUCCAUGAUACACACACCCAGCCGCGUCAUGGCUGUUCCCACAGUGCCCCUCCACUCCUCUGGUUUCUCCUCUCGCUCUGCUGCGGAAACAAGUUCAAAGGUGAACCACAAAGGAACCAGCAUGGUACAGAGCAACUUCCAGACCUACCAGUCACAGAGCAGAAGCAGGCGCUCUAAGUCACUGUGCCAGGGUGACCAGGAGGGGUUUCCACUCACUGUGUUGGAUGCUCCAGAGAAUACCUCCUACCAAAUCAAUGUGCCUCCCCCAGGCACCCUUAGGCGCAGCCUUAGCGGGAUACUGGCCCAGGAAAGAGGCCACUGGCAGGAAGAGCUGCCGUGUCAGUACACAUACAAAGGCCCGUCCCACCGCACCAUUAGCCGCAUCACCAACAGGCAGCAGCACUACCAGCAGCAGGGCUCUGCCUUUGAGAGGGAGGGCUGGCAGGGGACGGGCAGGAGCGUCCCCAUGGCAGGGGACGGCUGGGGGACACAGUGGCAGCAGCAUGUGUCCAGGGCCAACCAUGCAAUGGGGGCGGGGCAGUACCAAGCCUCCCUCCACCGGGCUGCCUCACUCCGCAGUGUGAGGAGUGUUGGGAAAGGGGUGGACGUCUUGGAUGGAGCAUCGAUACACAGCAAUGACCCACUGGGAGAGAUGCACGGUCUGGACAUGGCUACAGCUGUCAGAUAUCUGUCUGAAUCAGACACUGCCUUGCAAGUUCUGGGGGCUGCAUACAUACAACACCAAUGUUACCAUAGCAACGAUGCCAAAAACCAGGUCCGUGCGCUGCACGGUGUUCCAGCUCUGGUUCAGCUCUUCACCAGUGAGAACCGAGAGGUGCAGCGUUAUGCCACCGGCGCCACGCGGAACCUCAUCUACGAGAACAGUGACAACAAGGUGGCGCUCAUCAAUGCCGGUGGAGUGACGCGUCUCGUCAGCAUCCUGAGCGAACCAGACGAGGAGCUUCGAAAGACCAUCACAGGUGUCCUGUGGAAUCUGUCCUCCAGAGACAACCUGAAGGAGAAGUUGUCCAAAGAAGCUUUACCAGAGCUGACAGAAAAAGUACUGAUUCCUCUGUGCAACAGCAUCCCACUGAACCCAUCUGAGAGGGAGAUCUUCUACAACACCACCGGCUGCCUCAGGAACUUGAGCUCAGUGAAUGAGAGGACGAGACAGAAGAUGAGAGACAUGCGAGGCCUGGUGGACUCUCUGGUGUCCUACAUUGAACAAGAGGAGAAGGGUGAUGACAAGGGUUUGGAGAAUUCUUUGUGUGUGAUGAGGAAUCUGUCCUACCAGCUCUACACAGAGCUUCCUCCCUCAGUCCGACUCCGUCUGGAGGGACAAACGAGAGCUUCCGCCUCCAGGGAGAACACGAGCAUCGACUGCUUUACUCUUUACAGCAAAAAAAACACUGAGCGUAACCAGAACCUGUCCAUAAUGUCUGAGGUGUCCCGACAACCUAAAGGGUCUGAGUGGCUUUGGCACCCUAAGGUGGUGGCGCUGUACAAGCUUGUUCUAGAAAACAGGGACAUCAGCUCCACUAGCCGCGAGGCUGCUAUAGGAGCGCUGCAGAAUAUCACCACAGGAGACACCAGGUGGUCAUCAGUAAUGAGUGGUGUAGUGAUGGAACAAGAGAGGAUGCUGCCCAUCCUGCUGGAUCUGUUAGACACCAACAGUGACAUGGAGCUGAGGUCUUUGACCGGCCUGCUCAGAAAUCUGGCCAGACACUCCAACAACAAGGACCACACGGCAAAGAACAUGGUGAACGUUCUGGUGUCCAAGCUUCCGAGCGAUGGUCUUCAGAAAACACCAUCCAGCGAGGUGGUGGUCAACAUCUGUGGAGCCCUCAAUCACCUGGUCGCCUGCAGCUCCAUAGCAGCACGUGACAUCUCGUACUUCAACGGCCUGCCCAAACUGGUCGGCAUUAAGUCAUUCCAUGAUAGCAGCUCUGGGAGUCUGAAAGCUUCCAGAGCGGCCUCAACUGUCCUCUGCAACAUGUUCCAGUACAACAAGCUGCACAAAGACUACAAACUGAAAGGAUUUGCCAGACGAGACUUCACAGACGCCACCAUCUAAACAUGUGACAUGAUUCUUCCUGAGCUUCUGACCUCUGGAUCAAAGCUGUUGUGAGGAAGGGAGCAGGAACAACAAAAGGCUUUAAUGAGCUGAUUAUCUCACAGUGAUCGACUUAAGGAAAGGGAAAAAUGGACUGGAUCGACUGGAGUGAUGGACUUUGAGUUUGCCCUCUUGUAGAUGGUUGUUAACUUGGCUUAGUUUGCAGAAGAUUGACUGUCAUGACGGGAACUUGAUGGUUUCAACACAUCAAAGUGGCUUCACCCCCAAAAUUACCGUAUACUGCGUGUGUGUGUGUGUGUGUAUUAGGGUUUGACUGAUAUGGGUGUUUGCUGGCACUGACUCCAUUUGUUUUGGACUGAUGUUGCUGAUGUUGCUGAUAUACAAUGGUACACAUACACACACACACACACACACACACACACACACACACAUUAACUCAACAUCUAGUCAGUGUGUGGAGUGUGGGUGAAGCAGUGUGGACAAAAGUGGAGAGUGUAGGUGGAAAAAAAUGAGAUAAAGAGAAACAGUGGAGCAGAGAGAGCAAAGUCAAACACUUUCAGGGCCCUGGGCACAUUGCAUCAUCUCAAGUUCAUUCUGUUUUAAAAACGAAGGAAUUAAGCAAUCAUGCUAUAUAGAAAAGUAUGGAAAUAUAGAAACUAAAGUCUUUUCUGUCAGGUGGAAGUACCUGAGCUUCUUGGUGAUCAACAGAUGUUCUGAGGAAACGCCAGGUGCAAAACAAAGACCUCAAACCUGCACCAUAACUGUACAUAUUAUUUCUUCUUCACAUAGACUUAAUUAGUGCAUUGACUAACUCUUGAGACUGAAGAUUCUUUGCUUCUUUUUUUUUUUUGGAUGUUUUAUGAAGAGGUAUUUGUGUGUAUUAUUAAAACAGUAAACAGAAAAAAUAUAUUUACACAAAACAGUAACAGUGUUCGCCGUUUGUUAUAAAUGUGUAGAGAUUAGCCUGGAUGUUAGAGUCCCAGUUGUGCCCUGACUUUGAUGAUGAUCAGGUCAAAAUUUGAAUUUGGUUUGGUUUAUGACCAAACACCUGCAAAACGAAUGACAUUUCCAUCAGACUAGAGGUGUAUGAACAAAAAUUUAUCGAUGAAUUUUCAAAGUGAACUGACUUUACUGACUCACCAUUGUCAGUGAGCGAAUCAGCAGCUUUUAGCAGUGGAGCUGGUGACUUGCAACACUGUUUGUACAGUAGGUCAGAAAUAAUAGGCUGCCGAGCAAUUAACCUUAUGUACAGUGCUGCACUGUAUAGACUAGUUUUGUACUGAAAUGAAUGUGACAGUUUGCACUAGUAACAGAUUGAACAUGUUACUGUAGACAGUCGGAAUUCACGCUGAACAUCAGCCCGUGUGAAUGUUAUUGCUUUGUAUCUACUGAAGUGCCUUACCUUACCUUGCCUUAGAGAGAAAAUCCAACAACCUACAUAGAAAUGUCAUUCCUAAUUUCCACCGUUGUGGGACGGCGCUGAUUAGCAAAUCUUAGCAUACUUACAUGCUAAAAUGAUUAAUACGGUAAACAUUAUCUGCUAAAUAUUAGCAUGUUGGAAUUUUUUAUUGUGAGCACGUUUACAUGCUAACUUUAGCAUUUAGCUCAAAGCACCACUGUACUUACUGUAAGGCCUCAGAGUGUUUGUAGACAAAUUCUCUAUCUCAGAUAUUAACCAUCAAACACAUGGUUUAACCAUUUACAUUGAGUGUGUACAAAUGAGCUGUUAGAGGGGUAGAGUUGCAGUUAGGUUUUAAUCCACAUUGAAUCUAACACACACAGUAUUAACCAAUACACAGCAACGAAAAAGGAUCUGGAAUUUCCAAUGAGGUAACUCAUGACCUUGAAAACUAUACUGUAUGUGCAGUGGUAUGGGUUUAAAGAUGGUAAAAACAGUGUGUUAUUUAAAAAAAAAACAAAAAAAAAAACAGACACUUA